AUGUACUCCUACCAAAACGCCCUCCAUGGGUUCAACGCUGUUUUAUCCCAACAAGAACUCCAAACCCUCGAAAACCUCCUGGGAUUUCUGUCAUCCUACAAAGACAAACUCGUCACGAUGGACACCACCUAUACUCCCGAGUUCAUGUCUCUCAACCCGUCAAUUGGCCUCUGGCCGGCCUCAAACUUCGAAGAAGACGUGAUCAUUGGUGUAAUCGACACUGGAAUCUGGCCUGAGAGCCAAAGUUUCAGCGACGACGGAAUGACGCACGCCUCUUCUAAACUCCCAUCCAAAUGGAAAUGA